AUGGCUGGUACUGCUGGUGGUUCUGGAAAUCAGGUUGUGAACAAAGAUGUGAAUUGUUUCAAGUGUGGAAAGCUGGGGCACUAUGCUAAUGCGUGUACAGACACGAGGCCUAAGUGCUUUAACUGUGACAAGUUUGGACACACUGCCAGUCAGUGUAGGGCACCCAAGACUGAACCGAGUAGGAUAUAUGAUGAGGAUAGCAGGGAAAGUGCUGCUCACUACAAGUCUUUGAAAGAGAAGAAAGAAAAGGGGCAAUUCAGAGGGAAACCGUAUGGGAAUCCUGUUGAUAACGGUAAACAAGAAGCUGGUAAUGACAAGAAGCCGAGUGGGGGAGGAGCUCCUAAUCCGGUUAGGUGCUACAAGUGUGGUGUUGAAGGACAUCGUUCUCCUGAAUGUCCCAAUUCAGAAGCAACAUGA